UGCCUCCUGAUUGGCCGCGCCGAGCCACGCGAGCGCCGCCGAUUGGCCGAGCCGCAGGCCCCGCCCCCCCGCCGGCGUGAGGGGCGGGUCACGUGGGGGCGGCGGGGGCGGCGGGAGCGGCGGAGCGCAGCGGCCAUGAAGCACUACGAGGUGGAGAUCCUGGACGCGCGCAGCAGGGAGAAACUCUGCUUCCUCGACAAGGUGGAGCCUCAGGCCACGGUGGCCGACAUCAAAAACCUGUUCAGCAAAAGCCAUCCGCAGUGGUACCCGGCGAGGCAGUCCCUGCGCCUGGACCCCAAGGGGCGCUCUCUGAAGGACGAGGAUGUGCUGCAGUCGCUGCCCGUGGGCACCACGGCCACACUCUACUUCCGGGACCUGGGGGCGCAGAUCAGCUGGGUGACGGUGUUCCUGACGGAGUACGCCGGCCCCCUGCUGAUUUACCUGCUGUUCUACUUCCGGGUCCCGUUCCUCUACGGAGCCCGCUACGACUUCACAGCGAGCCGGCACCGCGUGGUGCACCUGGCGUGCUGCUGUCACUCGUUCCACUACGUCAAGCGGCUGCUGGAGACGCUGUUCGUGCACCGCUUCUCGCACGGCACCAUGCCCCUGCGCAACAUCUUCAAGAACUGCACCUACUACUGGGGCUUCGCUGCCUGGAUGGCGUAUUACAUCAACCACCCGCUGUACACCCCACCAGCGUACGGUGACGAUCAGGUGAAGUUGGCGCUGGCCGUGUUCCUGUUCUGCCAACUCGGGAACUUCUCCAUCCACGUGGCCCUGAGGAACCUCCGGCCCGCGGGCUCGAAGGCGCGGAAGAUCCCGUACCCGACCCGGAACCCGUUCACGUGGCUGUUCCUGCUGGUGUCCUGCCCCAACUACACCUACGAGGUCGGCUCCUGGAUCGGUUUCACCAUCAUGACGCAGUGCCUGCCCGUGGCGCUGUUCUCGCUGGUGGGCUUUGUGCAGAUGGCGAUCUGGGCUCAGGGCAAACACCGCAGUUACCUGCGCGAGUUCCGCGAUUAUCCCCCGCUGCGCUCGCCCAUCGUCCCCUUCCUGCUGUGACAUCGUGGGGACAUCCCCGGGACAUCCCCCAUCGUCCCCUUCCUGCUGUGACAUCGUGGGGACACCGUGGGGACAUCCCUGGGGACACCCUGGGGACAUCCCCGGGACAUCACCCAGCGUCCCCUUCCUGCUGUGACACCCUGGGGACAUCGCGG